GAAAUAAUGAUGAACUUUGAAUUGAGGAAAUAUCGAAUUUUGGAACUCGAAAUGGAUUUUCCAUCAGAAUUGCAUUGAUUAGCACUCCACUACAUCAUAGAAGGAUAAGUUCUCUGGAAAUAAAAACUGGACUAGCAGACUGAAAAACGGUGGGCAGAGGGACCUACUGUGAAAUACUUACCUAGCUCUUAUAGCAUAUCCCUCUCUACCUUUCUACCUUACUCCCACCUCCCACUGUCAUCCAAAACACAAUUUGGACUUCUCUCACCAGUUUACCAUCAUUUACAUGCACACACACACAGACAGACAAAUAGACACCUCUGAACUUUUAAUCUUAAUUCUCAAUAUCGUCGACACCAAUAUGCCCAUAGUGCCCAUCAACGUAGCGAUGUCGGAAGCAAGUUUCCAACCAAGAGGAAGUGGUCAACGAGGAAGCAAUGAUGCAAAGCAAGGCCUCCUUCAAGAAACCUGUUACGAGAAGAGCUCCGAGAAAGUUCAUGAGAAGCCGGCCAAAGAAUCGUUGGUUUCAAAAUUCAAAUUCUCAAAGUCAAAGCCAGAUUUGAAUACACAGGAGGAGAAAACAGAAAAGGAGCAGGAGAAAGAGAGCAAGAAGAGGAUCAAGGAGAAUGAGAAAAUCGAGAAAGAGAAGAAAGAGAACGAGAGAAAAAUGGAAAAGAAGAUCAGAGCCGAAGAGAGAAAGAUAUCGAAGGAAAAGCUGAGGGAGACCGAAAAGAAAAUCCAAGAGGAGAAGAAAAUCUUGAAGGAGAAAAUAAAAAUUGAAAAAAAGGAGAUUGAAAAUGAAAUAAGCCAUAUUAAAACCGAGUACAAGCGGAGAAAUAAGAGAAUUGAGGCUGAAGUAGAAGAUUUUGACCGGAGAUGCCCGAAAGAUGAACACCAGUUAGUGAAGGAUGGCCAACCACUUUGGGAGAUGCUGUUACGCCUAGAUGAGGAAUGCCGUUAUAAAGAUGCCUUGGCGAAACACGAGAAAGAUAAUCAGAUAGAACAGUUGAAGUCAAAGAUGAAAGCACUGGACUUGCAAUUGUCAAUGCCAGGAGAAGAGGUAUUACAAUUCCCCAAGUGGACGACACUGGACGACAUAGUCAAGGAGCAAGAAAGAGAACGACCGGGAAAAUCUACGCAGAUGGAAGAAUCUGUAGCACAACCCAGACAACCCGCACAAUCCGACGAAGAAGAACCCACCAAGGAAUGCACCUUACCCGUCGUCUCCCAAGAGGUUGACCAUUCUAUGGAAGACAAUCCCUUCUAUGUGCCUGGCGAGUUCAAGUAUCAGAAGAUGGAAGAAUGGGACUCCGACACUUGCAAGGAGUGGAUCUAUGAUUCUAAUGAUGAUGGCCUCACAGGCCCCGAACUACGGCACUUGUUGUUCCAAGUAAAAAAGAUGCCACCCGUCUGUGGAAAACGUAUGUUUGGGGCAACGGAAGAGGAGUGGGCUCAGUGGUUGGGUGUUCAUGGUCUGUUAACCUAUGACAAAUUGCAGAAGAUCGCUGAAGUGGUGAAGGUGGAUAUGUAGAAAGGGAAAGGAGGUAUCUAUAGAAGUCGAAGCGAAAGCGGCAAUAGAAUGGUGUUAUGGAUCCGACAGUGUACCGAGAGAAAUGUAAAAGCAACCAGACAUAGAGGACUGCUCACUUGAACAUGCCGCCUAUAGAUAUACUGUAGAUACAUCACAUAGUUGACACCACAAUCUCAAUGUCAAUAACA